ACUAAGUGGACUUUUGGAAAGCAAAUUAAAUACUUCAAAGAAACAUGGUGGAUUUCUACUACUUACCUGGUUCUGCACCUUGUCGUUCAGUGCUUCUGACUGCCAAGAGCCUUGAUAUUGAACUGAAUAAGAAAUUAUUGAACUUGCAAGCUGGUGAACAUUUGAAUCCGGGAUUCUUGAAAAUCGUCAAUCAGCGACUAUACUUUGAUAUGGGCACUCUAUACAAAUCAUUCGCCGACUACUAUUACCCACAGAUCUUCGCUAAACAACCCGCUGAUCCUGAAUUGUAUAAAAAGAUAGAAACUGCUUUUGAUUUCUUGAACACAUUCCUAGAAGGCAACAAAUAUGUGGCUGGUGAUAAAUUGACCGUAGCUGAUUUAGCAAUUCUCUCUACGGUUUCCACAUUCGACGGCGCUGGUUUUGAUAUCAGCAAGUACCCUAAUGUUGCUAAAUGGUACGAAACUGCAAAGAAACUACCUGGAUGGGAAGAGAACUGGGAAGGUGUUUUGGAAUUCAAGAAAUUUUUCGAUUAGGCAGUUUGUUAACAUAGUGUUAAGACUUAGA